AUGUUAAAAUUAGCUCAUGUUUACCUAUAUUUGGAGAAACCCACGUUGCAAAAAGAGGUCAAUAACUUCCGCGAGACCCGGCGUUUGCUGGUCAGUCAUUGGACGAGAGCGAGUUACUGCACGGCCAUUCAUUGGCUCGUACACACGUCCGUCACGUCGAUGAGCUGUGUGUUGAGAUUGUCGUCAGGCCUGCGUGCUGACGUCAGAAGCUACAGGUUCGCAGGGAUGUCAAAGAUGUGGACUGUGAAGGUGUUCGGCCUUGGAGCAAUUGCAUUUACCCUCAGUGUAGAACUGCUGUGGAGGCUCUUGCGUCACCUCAAACCACGGAAAACUUUGAAUGAGGUCCUCUUCUUUCCGUCCAAGGUCGCCUGCGUGGAACGCUUCUUCUCACCUGCUUCCCUCAACUCCUGUGGCUGCCCUCUGCCUCAUGGUGUCGAGACAUCCUUCACUCGUCUUCUCGGCUUCCUCCUGUCAGCUUCCUCCUCUCUGGACUUGUGUUUGUUUUCUUUUUCCAACAUGGAACUGAGCAGGGCUGUUGUGUACCUGUACAGAAGAAAGGUAACCGUCAGAGUCCUUGUAGACAAGACAUACUCUGUCAUCAGCGGCUCCCAGGGAUCUGCGUGCGCAACGUAGGCGGCUAUGUUCACAUGCAUCACAAGUUCGCCCUGGUGGACGGCCAGCGCCUCAUCACAGGCUCCCUCAACUGGACGCUGGCAGCGGUGCAGUGCAACGCGGAG